AAAAUGAAUAGAAACUUCAUUUAUGCAUUAUCCUCAGAUGACCAGAUACCUAUUCGUAUCAGGCGUGUAUAAACACGGAAUUCCUACAUACCGACCUUAAGAGUACAUAUUUCAACCCCGGAAGCGACUGUCGAGCUAGGUAUCUCGAUCCGAAUUCCCCAUAUGCUGCAUAUUGCCCCCACAUACACAAUGAUUAUCCGUCGUUAUGGCUAGCAAUCAAUUCUCGGUUCUCGCCUCCACCGGCGCGCCAGGUGGCUCUCUGACAUCCUCUAAUGCGACCGGCUCUACCACCCAACCAUCCAAGAAAAAACAUCGCGCAGGACGAAAACACAAGAAAGCGAGAAGAAAGUCGUUUGCUGCCCCUUCAGCGGACCUGGAGAGCGAAGGUUUACCUCCACCUAGCCAUAACGGCCAUAGGUCUGGCCUCUAUAUGACCGAGAGGAAUAUGAGUAAUACGAGCAUAGAUAGCGAAGUGCUUCUCGACCAUAGAGAGCACCAAUACCCACGUCCGCGACGUCCGUCAACCCUCACAGCAUCUCUCCAAUUGCCGCAAUCAAGCCGGUCACGCAUAGUACACGGAAACCAGAGUCACGAAUUUGACGAAGAGGAGGAUAAUACCGAGUCCGCGCCUUUAUUAUCCAGCUCCUCUCGACAGGACGUCGCAUCUUCUCGAGGAUAUGGUUCAAGCGAUGGGCGACGAAGGCAGGACAGAUCUCCUAGCCGUCCUACGUCUAGCAGGAAAUCUCAACUUCUAGUUCCCAUGACGCCGUCUGAUAGAUACAAUGUAAACUACCCGCCAUCUAUGCCGGGUACCCCUACAUUGGGACCCACUGACCGGUUGGAUAUGAGCUUUGGAGAUAUUAUGAUGAGGGAUGAGCUUGCUGAAAGUGGUUCACAUACCCACAGCGCACCCGAAACAGAUAUCGACCCGCUGCGCGAACAGUCUUCCUUUGAGAGGCGUCAUACAAUCGCAUUGCAAGCCCAGGAGGAUGUCUGCUUCCCUCAAGAGGGGUUGUCGGAGCUAGCCGAAGAAGACGCUCAGCAGAUUCGUGACAGUCGGAACGCACGAACCCGGCGCAGAAGGCGAGAUAAGUGGCCGGAUUUGUCUAUCCUUGAAGAGUGGUCUAGACUUGAGAAGGAAGACCGAAGCGAGGAACGGCGAAUGAAGAAGAUUACGGAACCGCAGUUGGUGAAUGGAAGAUUACGGCCAGUCCAUAAGGGGUGGUACCGGAUAGAGGAGGAAGCUCCGUAUCGAUUCACAUAUUUCAACGAGGAGUUUCAAAGCACCAUUCACAGCCAGACGAUAUCGGAGCUCGUCCAGCCAGAUGUUGGUUUCAAGGAGCUGUUCCUUCCAGACCCUCCUAUCCUAUCUGAUUCGUCCGAUGACGAGGAAGACGAACCUGUCCUUCAAGCAGCGAAUUCGUUCAGAAAUGGUGCCUCGACUACGGGUGGAAGCCGGCAGACCUCUUUGACGCCGAAUAUUGCAACGGGCGAAGCCAAUGUAGAUACGACCCCUAAGCCAAUUACCACGCCCUCUGCAGCAUCUUCGAGAGAGCACUCGGGUGGUCCAAGUCCGAUGCGGGUCAAGUCACCUCUUCCCGGCGUGAAAUCGCCUCCCUCGAAUGGACAGAAGCAGCCACGAUAUGGAGAACGUCCUGUUUGGUGGUUAGAUGUUUUGAGUCCUACGGAAGCAGAAAUGAAGGUACUCGCCAAGACUUUCGGAAUCCACCCCUUAACGUCGGAGGAUAUCAUGCUUCAGGAACAGCGUGAAAAGGUUGAACUCUUCCGGCACUAUUAUUUUGUCAAUUAUAGAUCGUUCGAUCAAGAUGCCGAAUCGGAGAACCACCUAGAGCCGGUCAACAUGUAUGUCGUGGUGUUCCGUGAAGGUGUCAUCUCCUUCCACUUUAGCCAGACUCCGCACCCGGCCAACGUACGACGCAGAGUCCGCCAACUCAAGGAUUUCAUGAUUCUCAGCGCCGACUGGGUCAGCUACGCAAUCAUUGACGAUAUCACAGACGUCUACCUCCCUCUUAUUCAGACCAUCGAGGACGAAGUGGAUGCUAUCGAUGAUCAAAUUUUACAACUCCAUUCGGACCCUUCGUUGUCGAAUUCUGACAAGAAGAGAAACCUCGACAACGAGAAAGGAAACCCCGAUACGAAUGUAGACAACGGUAGAGAUAUGCUGCGUCGUGUUGGUGAUUGCAGAAAGAAGGUCAUGAGUUUAUAUCGGCUGCUUGGAAAUAAGGCCGACGUCAUCAAGGGUUUCGCCAAACGCUGCAACGAACACUGGGAGGUUGCUCCCCGUUCUGAAAUCGGACUGUAUCUCGGCGAUAUCCAGGAUCAUAUCGUGACUAUGACGGCCAACCUUAGUCAUUACGAAAUGAUCCUGGCUCGGUGCCAUGCCAACUAUAUCGCGCAGAUCAAUAUUCACAUGAACGAGCGGCAGGAGCAGACAGCUGACGUUCUAGGCAAGCUAACGGUGCUCGGCACGAUUGUGCUUCCAAUGAACAUCAUAACCGGUCUCUGGGGAAUGAACGUCUGGGUGCCCGGCCAAGAGUACGAGGGAGAUCUGAAGUGGUUUUUCGCGAUCACCGCAGGACUGCUCAUUUUUGGGUUAGCCUGCUUUAUCAUCGCCAAGCGAGUGUAUAAUAUCGUCUAGACGAGCCUCAGGUAUCGGGUAUCGUAUAGAUGUGGUACACGUCCUGUGCUUAGGUAGGUCAGACCGAGCGCGGUAUCUUACUCUGCCCUGACAGGUGGGGGAACAUAACUUUAUAUAUGGGUUGGAUACUUGUCCAAUAGUACCCCAUGUCAUCAGUCCAUCAAGGUUCUCA